UUGUGGAAUCUCCCCAUCAACCUGGGAAAUGGCAAAGUGAAGCUAUCCCAGAGCGGCCUGUCUGUCAUUGUUGAGACAGAUUUUGGCCUGACCGUGCAGUAUGACUGGAAGGAGUAUCUUGUCAUCACAAUGUCAGGCAGUUUUUCUGGCAAGGUGUGUGGCCUGUGUGGCAACUUCAACGGUAAGAAGGAGGAUGACUUAGUGACUCCUGGCUCACAGAUGAGCAGUGUAGUGGCCCUGGGCAAGAGCUGGAGGGUUCCUAAUGCGAUGGAUGAUGCUCAUUGUCAAGAUGAAUGCUCGGGCCAGUGUGACACCUGUGAUAAUGAAAGCUUUUUUCACACCCUGACUGCCAGGAUGUUCUGCAGUUUACUCACUCACAUCAUGGAUGGACCACUCAGUGACUGUAAUGCUAUCAUUGACCCCAAAGUCUUUCAUGAGAUCUGUUUGUUUGAUAUGUGCAUGGGUGAGGGAAUGAAGAACUUCCUGUGUAACAGCUUGCAGGUUUAUGCCGACGCCUGUCAGAGGGCCGGCAUCAAAAUUCAUGACUGGAGGCACCUCGCUCAUUGCUGUGAGUAACUAAAGAGUUAGAAAUAUCUUACUUUUUGAGUUUCAACCUUAUUCUGUGAUGGUAACAUAUUUGAUUCAUAUGUGAUUUUGUCUGAAAUAGCUCCACCAUCAUGCCCAGAGAACAGCCAUUAUGAGUUAUGCGGGGUUGCCUGCCCCGCCACCUGUGAAGACCCAAAUGCUGCCACAAAAUGCAACAAAAGCUGUGUGGAGACCUGUGUCUGUGACAAAGGCUUCCUGCUUAGCGGCACUGAGUGUGUUCGUGAGGCCCAGUGUGGCUGCUUGUACAAAGACAAGAGCCUCUACAUAGAGCCUGGAGCCUCUGUCUUUACAGAUGACCUCUGUACCGAGAGAUGCACAUGCAACAAAACCACCAAGCAAGUUGAUUGUGAGAAACCAGGUUGUCCCCAGGGGUAUGAGUGCAAAGUGAUUGAUGACCUUAUCGGAUGUCACCCGUUGGCCUACGCUGAGUGCAGCAUGAGUGGUGGCCCUCACUUAGAGACCUUUGAUCGGCAUGAUUACAACUUCCACGGCACCUGUGUGUAUCAACUUGCUGGGGUCUGCUCGAAAGAUCCUUCCCUGCAAAAGUUUGAAGUUUUUGUGCAAAAUGAUGCCCAUGGUACAAGAGUUGGUUCUGGUGCAAAGCUGGUGGAGGUCAAAGUUUAUGAAACUUCCAUUGUUAUCAAAAGAAACCAAAAAAGCUCAGUCUUGGUGAGAUACCUUGAAGCAAAUCCUGUGAUUUGAUUUUUUCAUCUUGUUCAGUCUGGGAUUAAUCAAUCUUGUUUUGCAGAUAAAUGGAGAACUCACAAACUUACCUGUCAAAUUCAAACGCAAUUUCACAGUCUACCAGGUUGGUGACUUUGCUGAGAUCAAGACGGAAUUUGGCCUGCAAGUCUUCUAUGACUGGCGUUUGACAGUUCAUGUCAAAAUACCCAGUACAUAUGUUGAUGCCAUGUGUGGUCUGUGUGGGAAUUACAAUCACAACCCCAGAGAUGACCUGCAGUUAAAAAAUGGCACGCAGGUGACGUCUGCAGAGGAACUAGGAAAAAGCUGGAGGGUUGAUGAGAUACCAGGCUGUGUUGAUGGCUGUAAAAAGAGCAGUGACUGUCCCAGCUGUGACAUCACCCAGAAAGAGAAAUAUGAGACCGAUAGGUACUGCGGUUUAAUACGAAAGUCCUCAGGCCCCUUCAGCAAUUGCCAUGCCAUUAGAGAUCCUGAAAGCUUUUUUAAGAGUUGUGUGUAUGAUGUGUGCCUUUACGAGGGCAAGAAAGGUUCCUGGUGUAACCAUCUUCGCGGUUACACUUUAGAAUGCCAAAGCAAAGGAGUCAAUGUGUCACAGUGGAGAAAAGAUGACUUCUGUCCCAUAUCUAAGAUGGAGUUUCCUCACAACAGUCACUAUGAACACUGUGGCAAUGUGUGCCAUGCAACCUGUGACACUGGGUUACCUCCCCGUGGCUGCAAUAAAUUCUGCCAGGAAGGAUGGGUGUGCAAUAAAGGCUUCCUACUCAGUAAACACAAGUGUGUACCUGUUGAGCAGUGUGGUUGCAUGCACAACGGCAAAUAUUAUAGGAAGGGGCAGAGUUUUCUGUCAUCCGACUGUCAGCAAAAAUGCACCUGCAAUGGCACGAUACAUUGUGAGACACACUCUUGUGGGCCAUAUGAGACAUGUGCCCUGAUCAAGAAUGUUCUAUCAUGUCAUCCAGUGGGAAAUAGAACUUGCACAAUAUCAGGUGAUCCCCAUUACAAAACCUUUGACAACCGUACCUAUGACUUCCAAGGCACCUGCACAUACACUGCAGCUAAAUCGUGUCAUCUGGAGGACUCAAGGCUCAGAGACUUCUCUGUGGUAGUGGAGAAUGAGAAGUGGAAACAGACAGACCAGCCAAAUGUGUCUGUAGCCAAGCUUGUUGCUGUGGAGGUGUAUGGCACAACCCUGGUCCUCCGAAUGAAUCAACUUAAAACAAUCAGGGUAAAUGGCACCUUGACAAACAUCCCUCUUAACCUCAAUGAGAGACAAGUGGAAGUCCUCCAAGAGGGCUUUCACUAUGCUAUUAUAACGGACUUUGGCCUGAAGGUGACUUAUGAUAUGAUCUACAAAGUUACUAUCACUGUUCCUGGAAACUACAAGGGCAAAACUUGUGGCCUGUGUGGCAAUUUUAAAGACACUGAGACGGAUGAUUUUGAGCUACCUGAUGGAAACAUUACCAAGGACAUCCAGACUCUUGGAGCAGCCUGGAAAAUGGCUGUGCCGGGGGUGGUCUGUGAAGAUGGCUGCAAUGGCGACCUGUGCCCCAAAUGUAACAGCGCACUGAAGAAAAUCUUUGAGAAAGAUUGUAGGAUUCUCACUAAUUCUAAUGGUACCUUUGCUGCCUGCCACAACCAACUAAGUCCUGAGUCUUACUACAGAGAUUGUGUCUAUGAUGUCUGCAUGUCUCAGGGAAAACGUAACGUACUCUGCAAAAGCAUCUCAGCAUACUUGACUGAUUGUCAGGCCAUUGGAGUAAAGAUUGACAACUGGAGGACACCUGAUUUCUGCCCUAUUAAGUGUCCUGAAAACAGUCAUUAUGAGAUCUGCUCUGAAACCUGUGCCUCUCCAUGUCCUGGUCUCACGGACACCAUCAGCUGCCCCACCACGUGCGCUGAGGGCUGCGCCUGUAAUCAAGGCUACUACUUCAAUGGGACUGGCUGUGUUGCACUAGAGGAUUGCAGUUGUUACAACAAUGGGCACUCAUAUAAGAUUGGUGAGUCUGUACUAUCAGACAACUGUCAGCAGCGCUGCAACUGUACAACAUCUGGUGAAUUCAAGUGCGAACACUUUUCAUGCAGUGUUACAGAGAACUGCCAACUCAACAAUGGUAUCUUUGGCUGCCAUCCCAAACAGUGUCGGAUGGGGGCUGGAGGCUCCAUUACUCUCUUCAAUGGUGUGACUGGCAUUAUUUCUGUCAUGGGAGCGUAUGAGAUCAUCACACACUGUGACGAAUCUGCUGCUGACUGGUUCAGAGUUGUCGCCAAGCUCCAGGAGUGCCCUCUGACCAGUGUAAAGAGUGUUGUUGCUGUUUACGUCUACUUUAAUGACCUGAGUUUCACUGUUACUGACAAACAGGAGACCUGGGUCAAUGGUAAAAAAGUGACUCUUCCCAGCCUGCAUGGAAAUCAUAUCUUUUUGAGACGCAGUGAGAAAACCACAAUUAUCGAGCAGACGUCACACUUCCAGCUGUCUUAUAGCAACACUCAGGAGCUCAUUGUAACUGUGAGUGAGAGCAUGGCAGAUAAGUUGUGCGGAGCAUGUGACAAAUUCCUGCCCUUCAGAGACACCAUGGGCUUCUGGCAGGAAAUGAUGCAAGAAUACAUGGCCUCAUUUUCUGCACAGGACUUCCCUACCUGUGAGUUAUGAAAGAAAGAUCAUCUUCUCAAGACCCAGAUCAACGCAAGAUUAUAAUCAUCAGCAGAAAAUCCAACAAUAAAGCAGCUCUGAAAGCUUUAUUUAAAAGUAAAGAUUGUAUUAGUGUUAAUAGUUCUCCAGCUUUUAAUGAAAUAAUUGCAUAAUAAACUUCAUAUUCAACAAUGAAUACAAUUUUGCUUCUUUGUUUAUUUCUAGAAGAGUAAGGGCUGCAGAAAGUUUGUAUGAGAAAGCAUCA